AUGGCCACGAUUCAACCGAGUCACAGUACAAAUUCCCUGGUCUUUGUUUCAUUUGCGGGCUUUUGCACCGCCUCGGUUCUCAGCCUGGCAAUUGCUGGCGCGCAGCUAGUAUCACCACAUAAACAUUUAGCCACCGCAACCGCCGUGGCCGUCACCUCCCGAGCAAUUUCUUCGACUGCCUUCACGUCAAUAUAUUCUGCUGUGGUGGGCGAGAAAUUGGACUCAUAUAUUCCAAAGUACAUUGCAACAGCAGUCACCAACGCUGGCCUCCCCACUGACUCGAUCCCAGCCUUCACAUUGGCUCUUACUAGCAACGCAUCUGACCAGCUGGUUGGUAUCCCUGGUGUGUCGGACUCGGUCAUACAAGCUGGGGUUCAAAGUCUGUGGCAAGCUUAUGCUGAUGUCCUUCGAUACCCGCUCAUAAUUGCGGCUCCAUUUGCGCUCCUGGCAGCAGUGUCGUCUUGGUUCAUCGUCGACCUCAAGCAGAUCAUGACUUAA